AACGCACAUAGGUGGAAGAGUGGGGACAAGGGAAAAAAAUGGAAUACAAACAUUUCAGCCAUGAGCAUAAUUUGAAUCUCUACAGGGUUCAGGCAGGGCAACAAUUUCGAUGCCAUGGAUGUCAAAUGAUGUGCAACGAUUCGAUAUAUGCUUGUUGGAGAUGCAACUUCUUUCUCCACGAGCACUGUGGGAAUGCAAAUCGCUACGUUAAACAUCCGUCCCACCAGUUGCACCCUCUUGCCCUCGUCCCAAACCCAACCUACUGCAGUGGCUCAUUUUUGUGCACCGGAUGUGGUGCACCCGGAAAUUCCUUCUCCUAUUGUUGUCCUCCAUGUGAAGUCGAUCUUCAUGUCCAUUGUACGUAUUUACCACCAAAUGUAAACCACAAAGCCCAUCAGCACGAGCUUAUAAUCAAUUUUACCACGGGAGAGCAAGCAGGAAAUCUUGAUCAGCAUUGCAAAAUUUGCACAAAACAGUUGAAUUCUAAGAACUGGUCCUAUAUUUGUUCUAGAGGGGAGUGUGAUUUCAAGGUGCAUACCUAUUGUGCCACUUCUGAGGUGAAACCAGGACUUUACCAGGAUGAUGAACCGGAUACUCAAAUCCCAGCACAAAAUCCAAAUUCCUCCACGGGAGCGGGUGGGAAUCAGCCACAGAAGACCGGGUUGACUCCGGAAGAGGCUCUUGCUGAAGUGAUGCAGAUGCAGUUACAGAUGCAAAUGGCUCAGGAAUUUGCACAGAUGAUGGCUUCAUUCAAUCUUAGUCAUUUGGCACCUUGACAUGGUCCAACAUUUCAUGUUCUGAUCCCUGUACUUUUAUGUUUCUCCUUAAAGAAGAAUUAAGGAGACAAUUCAGAUUUUGGGUAAACUGUUUUGGCUGCUUCGUUUUGCAGCCUUAUCGGCUGAAGAUUUUGAUUUCAACUCAUAAGUAUUUAUAUUUGAGCUUCUGCAUUUCUACU